AUGCUUCCAGUAGGGAAGGAUCAAGGUGCCCACCUGCCUAGAGGAGAUUUUGGUGAUAAUGGACUAGAAGAUCGUCUUCGAGGUCUCAUUCUCAAUAACGCCAAUGUUAUCACGAAUAAUGAAAACGUCAAUAUGCAUCCUCUUCCUGCUACUGGUGUCGCUGGUGCUAAACUGCCACCACAUAUGCUCACAGCCAGCCCAUCGGAGCAACAGGAAUACCUUUCCAAUGUGGCCUCGAAAGCUACUGCAUUAUCACAGCAUAUCCCCAACAACGCUGCUCCAUUAUCUCCUCAACCUGGAAAGAAGAGAAUGAACCAAGCACAAAGACGACAAAUGAAUGCUCAACUUUCAAUCCCAGUCAACUCUGGACAACAACAGCAUCAUCAGCAAACAGGCCCGUCACCCCGAAACCACACACCUCAUUCCGGAGAGCAACAUUCAACACCAUCUACACCGCAAUACUACAACAACAAUCAAAGGAACAACCAAAGACCACAACAAACUUACCAACAAGGACAAUUCUCUCCACAAUUACCUCAUCAACAGCCCAGGUCUCCAUAUACCCAUCAAACGGCAUAUAAUAACUCUCCUAGGUCAGGUGGUUUUUCGAAUCAUGCGAGUUCCAAUCUUCCGUUUCAAAAUCCUGUAUACCCUCAGCAACGCCAACAGCAUUCUUGGCAGAACACGAAUCAAACAAACCCCGGGUCUAGUUCUUUCGCCCAAAGACCUCAACCACAAAAUCGACAAUUGUAUCAUCCAGGUCCUUCGAAUUCUGGUGGACAAGGACGCAGAAAUUUUGGAGCAAGUACUGAUGAAAUGAUGGGGCAGGGUGCAUUCUUGGACAAAUUGGCUGAAGAGUGUGUUCCAAAAAUAGCGAUUGAUGUCGAUGAGGCAAACAAGAAAGAGCAAUUUCGAGCUCAUAUUGAAGAAGUCUGUAGAGUAGCGAUUACUGAACAUGAACGAGAAAACAGUGGCAACAAAGAGUUUGAUUCUUCGACUGUUCAAUUAAAAUGCUACGGAAGUUUAAGUUCGGGCUUUGCAACUAAAGGAUCUGAUAUGGAUCUUGCAAUUCUAACACCAUUCUCGAAUCCAUCUGCAGAGUCUUCGGAGUCUCAAAUACCACGGCUAUUGGAAAAGCGAUUGCUCAGCCUGGGAUACGGCGCACGAUUACUCACUAGAACAAGGGUUCCUAUUAUCAAGCUUUGCGAGAAACCACUCCCAAAGUUGAUGGCAGAUCUUUUGGCGGAGCGUGAUAAAUGGGAAGGUGGUUUGGGCGAAAGUCAAGAUGAUGAUGCAGACGACAAGCACUUAGACAGUCAUACGACAAAAUCUCCUGAGCCAACCCCAACAGAGACUCAUUCGAAAGCUAAGCCAUUGACCGAAACUACCAGCAACACAAGCCAACCAAACAGCAAAGGGGAAGCACAACAAACCGUUAAGAAGGGUAUCAGCUUGAUGCAAAAAGAACACCAGAAUCUUAUUGACUACCAUAUUUGUGCGAAGCGUGCAUUAAGAAAACAUGGCGGGCGCGAUUUAUCUGUGAACUCGACUGAGCUUAAUAUGAAGGAAGCAAAGAUUCUCAAUGAAGUUUGUCGCGCCUUUAUUCUUGGAUUGCAUUCUGAGGACCUAUCAAAGCGGUUAUCCGAUUCUCCUUCCAUCUCUCCAUUGUUUGAUCCUGCUGUGCCUUUUGUACAGCGGUCUCUGAAUGGAAUUUGCACACAAAUCGAAGGGGAAAGACUAGCAAUGGCAUGGGAUAAGCGGACUUUAUUGGAAGCAACUGAUAAACAAGAGUCGGAUGCUCUUGCUGUUCUCGAGUCCUGGAAAGUUUUACGAAAUAAAACAGGGCCCCUCACCGAGUCUGAUAUCUACAAUAGACAGUUGCAUACCGCCACAGAACGAUUGAAGAGAAUCCAUUCUUUGCGUUUUGCAUAUCUCGACCAAUUAAUGUUUGAGAGUCCAAAACAAUAUCUCGCGAGAGUCGAGAAACUCAAGGAAGAUCUUGAAGGCAAAGGGUUACCCCCAGACCUCAUCCGCCCCCGUAACUUGACGGAAGAAGAAGUUAUCGGCCAAUUUGUUAAGAACUAUAUUGAUGGCAUCCAUGAUGUUCAAAUUCGCGAUACCUUGCAAAGUAUGGAGGGAAUAGUGACCUUGAAAGAUGUAGCUCGCCGACAUCAAAUUUUGCAACUGGCGAAAGACUAUGAGCAUGCUCUUGAAGUCAAUUUCUACGAUGAGGAAGCAAAACCUCACAUUGAAAGAUACAUUCCAGUUUUACGUGAUCUAGCUUCUAGACAAUUUUCUGUUGAUUCUUCACAAGCAGAGUUGGUAGCGAUCGUUCGUACUCUCCCUGAUCCAACUCAAAUAUCACCAAACAAACCACGAGACCGAUACAAGGAUCAUCUUGAAUUUCCCAAAGACAAAGUUGGAAUCCAAUGUGAUAUCAAUUUUUCAAAUCAUUUAGCUUUGCAUAACACAUUACUUCUCAGACUGUACUCUAUCUGUGACCCGAGAGUCAAGAUUAUAGUAUUAUUUGUGAAGCAUUGGGCCAAGAUGCGAGGAAUCAAUACUCCAUAUCGUGGUACGCUUGGAAGUUACGGCUAUGUACUAAUGGUUUUACACUACCUAAUGAACAUUGCCCAACCUCCAGUGCUCCCAAAUCUUCAGCACAUGAAUAAAGAGCCACCUGCACAUCUUUCUCCCGCCGAGAAAGAAGCCCAAACUACUUGUGAUGGUCAUGAUGUGAGAUUUUGGAGAAACGAAGCAGAGAUUAGAUCUUUGGCAGAGCGUAAGAUGCUAACACAUAAUCAUGACUCUGUGGGUAUGUUACUUCGGGGAUUCUUUGAAUACUUCGCACAGAGUCAACAGAUGACAACGGUUCAAGGAAGAGGAUUCGAAUGGGGUCGUGAAGUUUUGAGUUUACGAUCAAAUCAUGGUAUCCUUAGCAAGCACGAGAAAGGAUGGGUUGGUGCAAGAACGGUCGUCGAAACCACGCAAAUUGCAGCUCCCCCUACCCCUUCAACACCAGCAUUUUCGACUCCCGCGACUCCAAACGUUACAAAGGAGAAUACUAAUAGUUUAUCCGCCGCGUCAGAAGGCAAACAGCCUCCUAAGACUAUGGAAGAAACUAAGGAGGUUCGCCAUCGGUAUCUCUUAGCAAUAGAGGAUCCAUUCGAGAUUGAGCAUAACAUUGCACGUACUGUGACCCAUAAUGGAAUUGUAUCAAUUCGAGAUGAGUUCAGACGUGCAUGGGGUAUCAUCAAAUCUCUCGGAACCAAAUACCAAUCGAAAGAUGGUCUGUUGGAUCCGAUUCCAAAUUCUCCCAACGACUCCAAACACGAGUUACAGAUUCUACUGGAUACUAUUCACGGAUGGGAAAAGCGAGUAGUUGCGGCUGGAAACGUCUAA